UUCAAAAUGAACUUCAGCCAAACUGGCAUUGAUGAAAAUGCACAUUUCUGCUACGAGACCCCUGGUUCUUGCCCGAAGAUCAUCUACCCAUUAGCCCUUCUGUACACAAUGUACAUUUUCUUUGUGGUUGCCAGUUUGCUAACCAUAUGUGGAAAUCUUCUGGUCAUAAUUACCAUCAGUUACUUCAGACACCUUCACACGCCAACCAACUACCUCAUCCUCUCCCUGGCGGUGGCUGACCUCCUGGUCGGGGGGAUCGUCAUGCCCCCAGGCAUGGUGCGAUCGCUUGAAACCUGCUGGUAUUUCGGAGACUUCUUUUGUAAAUUCCACGCCAGUGCAGACUUCUCGCUCUGCAAUACGUCGGUUUUACACCUCACCUUAAUUUCCGUGGAUCGAUAUUAUGCUGUCUGUCAGCCACUCCGGUACCAGAACAAGAUCACAACCAGUAGCACAAUGAUUAUGAUCGUGGCUGCCUGGAGCCUGGGAACACUGUUUGGGUUCGGAAUGAUAUUUCUGGAGUUAAACAUAAAGGGCAUCGAAGACUGGUAUUUUGGAUCCGUUGUUUGUGACGGAGGCUGUUAUGCAGUGCAGAGCAUGACAUCGUGUCUUGUAUAUACCUUCGGGUUUUUUUACAUUCCAAUGCUAGUCAUUUUUGGCUUCUAUACAAAAAUAUUCCUGGUGGCACAAAAGCAGGUCCAGUCAAUUCACAGCAUGGCCCAUCAGAAUGUGAACUCUCAAAAUAAAAUUAUAUCUUCAAACAAGAUGGAUCAGAAGGCAACAAAAACCCUUACACUAAUUGUAGGGAUAUUCUUAGUAUGCUGGACACCAUUUUAUUUGACUAAUUUUGUUGCUUCAUGUAUUCAGUAUAAUAUUCCAUCCUUAUUGUAUGAAAUUUUUAUGUGGAUUGGCUAUUUAAACUCUCUCUUUAAUCCUAUUAUUUAUGUUUUCUUUUAUAGUUGGUUUAGGACACAAAUCCAAAAAUUAUUUGGCAAAAUAUUUAAUCAUGAAGCGGCCGCCAUAUCCCUGACAGUAGCAGACUUUGCUGGACUUUGA